UCAUUUCAUUCCACCUCAUCCCUUUAAUUUCUUUUCUAUUUAGUCUUCAUUCCUUUUCCUCAUAAUUCCUAUCUUCUAAACAAUUUCUGGUGUUCUUCAAUAUCAUCAUCAUCACAAAUUAUUCAGCUUCAACCUCAUGGCUUCGUAUUCCGAACAAGAUGGAAAACCUCUGCCAAAAUUCGGAGACUGGGAUGUAAACGAUCCAGCCUCGGCUGAAGGGUUUACUGUUAUAUUCAACAAGGCGAGAGACGACAAGAAAAUCGCAUCCGCUUCUGGACGCUUUCCUUCGCAACGAAGAUACGACUCUCGCGGUCGCAACAAGAAUAAUAAUAAAAACACAAAGACCUCAUCAAAGAAAAAAUGGUUUUGCUUUAGUGCUUAGAGAAAGAUGGAUACAAGGAUAUGCAUAUAUAUCUGUGAUGAUAAAUUAAUCUCAUUCAUAUGAGAUAAUAGAUGGAUGAAGAAGAAACAAAUAAAUGAAGAAGAAUGGUUCAACUUGCUGAAAUAAUUGAUUGGUGUAGUAGCUUCUAGGUGUUCAUUUGAUGCAUCAAGCUACUUAAUUAUAAUUAUAACAUCCAAGAUUUUAUUGUAAAUAGAUAUAUAAAGCAAGAAAGCAUGUCUUUAUUUUUUUAUUUAUAAUAUUGCUGAUCAUAUUGUAAUGUAAUGUAA